AUGGAAAAACUCGCGAAAGGACAAGGCAAGAGGCGUGCAGAUAUGUACUUUGCGACCAUGAACAAGAAAAAUCCGUCUGACAUCCUUAAGAGUGCCUAUGAAAAUCUCGUCGCUGUGAACAAAUUUGACGAAGGGUUUCCAUCUUUGGAAGAUUAUCAGGAGCUCCAAGCACAGGCGGUUAUGGGCAUCUCCAGGGAUGAUAGAGUCUCCAAGACAGAAUUGCUGCGCAGAGCCAACAUGCCAUGCAUUAAGGCACUCAUCAUGAAACCAAAGCUGCGGGGGUUGGACAUGUGGUUCGAACGGACGACGCGCGCCUUCCGAAGAUGGUCUUCUUCUCUGACCUGGCUACCGGUGCGCGUAGCAUUAGACACCCACUGAAGAGGUUCAAACAUGGCCUGAAAUAAAAAACUGAAUCGAAUCCCAUUCUUGGAUGAGAAACCCUCACCGCAAACCCCAGCGCCCGGAGAAUGGCCGUCCACAAGGGUGUUCAAGGCUUUUUAAAAAGCGGCUGUACAACCUCGACCAGGCCUUUCGGAAGGCCGGGUUCUAGUUCCGCGAAGGCUGCGUCUUAGCGAUUGAAUCGAUCUAAACGGUUUCUUCGAGUUGUUUAGGAUAGGCCAUUAUAACUGAUUUUUUUUGUAAAUUUACUAAGGAUGGGCUUGGAAAGUUACGGACAAAGAACUACUCAGCAGCCAAGUGUCAACAGGAAAAGGUCAAGCGAAGCCUUUCCCCGCCAUGCCGCCUGUAAUCGGAAAAACAGACGAGGAUCUCAGCAGUGACGAAAAAUGCGAGGAGGAGAGCUUUCGAUCCAAACAACUCUUUUUAUUUGCUUGGCAAAUAGCUAAAGGAAUGGUAAUUACUAUAUGAUUAUUUUCUGAGCGACGUUGCUUCGAUUCAGUUUCUGUUUUCAUCAUUCAAAGAUCGGUUUCAGACUAUUUCACAAGCAAGAAAGAAAGGACAUAUGGGUUAAUUUUCUAGAUGAAGAAUGAUUUGAUUUUUUUCAUUAGAGUGUCAAAUUAGUUUUAGUGGAGAAAUUGUCUUAGUCGAUCGAACCAAAUUUGGCAUGUUUCGUAUAAUCUUGACUCAGUCGUUCAGAUCAGUUCAGUUCAGUAUUUUUCUUUUAAUUGUUUGCCCCUAAUUUUCUCGCCUUCACCCAUGCCUUUUUAGGCACUAAUAGCCCUGUAACUGAAGUAUUUUGGUACUUAUUUUCAUUUUUUCCCCUUCCUUCUUAA